AUGGUUAGGCGUGGAGUAUGGCAUAAAUGGGAGCCUCCUGCUGUUGGAACAUACAAACUAAAUACAGAUGGGUCCGCGAAAGACGAGAUGUGUACGGGCGGGGGCAUCAUUUGUAAUUCAGAAGGUGGUAUUAUUGCAAGCUUUUCGGCUUUCUUUGGGAGAGGUACGAAUAAUUAUGCUGAAAUAUUUGCGGUGGCCGUGGGUCUUCGCCUGUGUCAUUCAUUAGGGAUUGGAGCAGUUGUAGUCGAGACGGACUCUCUUUUAACGGUCAACGCGAUCAAGAAUCUGGGAGUGGCGUGGGAUCUGGAGUACGUAUAUCGGAUUUGCAUGCAAGAGGUUCGACCAUACCAUAAGAUCACUCACGUGGUUCGCCAAGAGAAUACGGUGGCAGACCGUUUAGCCAAUUGGGCUUAUACACAUAAAUCUUAUCAAGAGUUUUUCUCCGGGAACAGUAUGCCUCAAGAAGCGAAGGCUGCAUACAUUAGUGAUAAGCUCGGUAUUGCAAAUUUUCGUAAAUGA